UUAGGGACGCGGGCUCCACAUUCACAUCGAUAACAUACUAUCGAUAACAACACUUUUGAUUGCAAAUGAAAUCGCAUCCUUUUGCCAUCCCUAUGAUAGAAUUUACAGCGAUUGCACAUCACUACCAGAUAAAAGCAGCAUCAUCGCACAAAAGCCGGAAACAGCUGGCAAACAAGAUUCUUUAUUCAAAAGUAUUGGUAUGUCUUUUUCGGUUGAACGCAUAGAGGAUAGACGUUCGCUGCACGGCCGAAUAGAAUACCUAAUAAAGUGGAAGGGCUACCCACGGAGUCAGAACUCGUGGGAGCCAGAGGAGAACCUAGAGUGCGAUGAACUUAUUGCGGCCUUCGAGGCGUCCCUGAAGAAAAAGAUGGAGUCCACGAAGCAGGCAAGGAAGCGUCGCAACACUGGACUCAUCGGGGAGGAGCAGAAUGGAGUAGCCGAUGAGCCCGCCAAAAAGAUUCCCCAGCAGGUCGGCUUUGAGCGUCACUUACAACCUGACAAGAUAUUGGGGGCCAACCACUCGCAGGGCCAACUCAUGUACAAGAUGAAGUGGAAGGGCAGCGAUUAUGUCGAUAUGGUGCCUUCCGAAAAAGCCAAAGAGCGAUGCCCCCAGCUUGUCAUUGAGUUCCUUGAGGAGCACCUUGUGUGUGAUACUGAUAGUGGUGACAAUAGCGUACAGACUUCCAGUGGCGGUGGCACUGCUGGCGGAACAGACGAAGCAGAAGACGAGUCCGGUCCAGGCGCAAGUACCAAUAACUAGGUGGACCAAAAUCCAGAGAGGAAGACGAGGAGUUUUAAAUAUAGAGACCGAUGUUCAUACGCUGCCGAAUCAAACGGUGGUCUUCAGC